AUGACAUCAUUGGAAAGAUCAGAAAUGACGUCAUUACAACCAUCAGAUAACUCUAUUCGUGGUCUUUGGCGGCAGUUCAGGGAUUCCUCAUCUUUACACGGACUCUCUCACAUCUCAAAGGAAAGAACUUUUGUUCGAGGGAUAAUCUGGUUUAUUCUCGUGAUAGUCAUGGGGAUUUCGCUGACAUUAACUUUAUAUAACCUCAAGCUGGAAUAUUUCUCAUACCCAACGUUGACAAUUUUAAACAUCAAAAUGGAGGAAGAGAUAACUUUUCCCGCUGUAACUGUAUGUAAUAUUAGUCCCUACAAAAUGUCAAAGUUAAAUCCGGACGAGGCCACAAUGGAUUAUUUAGAGAGAGGCAGUAAUAUUGGAUCUUUUGUUCCACCAUUGAAUUUCAGUGAUCCCAAGUAUUUACCGUUAUAUGAGAACGGUACGGAAGAUUGGUUGGUUAACAUUAGUUACAGUGUAAGCGACAUGUUUAUUGCAUGUAAAUGGAAGGAAACGGUAUACUUCGAUUGUACCAAGUUGUUCACUCCGUAUAAGACUGAGUGGGGACUAUGCUUCUCCUUCAAUGGUCUUGAUACGAGGGAACCCAGAAGAACACAUUACACUGGAAGCAUUCUGGGAUUGACGAUGUACUUGCAUAUCAAUCAAAGUGACUAUGUCUUCGCUAGAAACAUGGGGGCAGGAAUCAAGUUAGUGAUCCACGAUCACAAUGAGGAGCCAAACAUCAUGAAUUCUGGAUUCUUGAUUUCUCCAGGAUUCACAACCUACAUGCCUUUAGAGAUGACAAAGUACAAAUUCCUUCCCCAUCCUUUCAAGGCAUUUGGGAAUGAAUACUGCGAAGAUGUUGAUAAAGCUGGAUUUAUCAACAAUUUGAAACACCAUAGACUGUAUAGUUACAGUGGUUGUCUGCGGGAAUGCAAAGAAAAGUUUGCUUUCCAGAAAUGUUCAUGUCGUAGUCAUCAUGAUUUAGGACAAUUGGAACCAAUAUGCUCUAUCGAGAGAGAUUAUCACUGUCACAAGCCAGCAAGGGAAGAGUUUGAUGGAAACUUGACACUCCAGAUUGAGUGUGGUUGUCCGAUUCCUUGUUCAAAUAUUGAGUAUAAAACACACAUAUCAAAUGCUUAUUUCCCGGCCAAUUUGUACGAGGAUUGGAUCAAAGCUACAUUCGGGUACACUGACAUACGAGAAAACAUCAUGGAAGUGAGGAUAUAUUAUGAAAGUCUGGUAUAUAAAAGCUUUGAGAAAAUUCAGAAAAUCACAUACAUUGAAAUUCUGGGAACAAUAGGAGGACAGAUGGGUGUUUUCCUGGGAGCCAGCCUACUGACGCUCUCCGAGCUCAUAGAAGUCUUGUUCCUGUCUAUCAUUGUUAUGUGUAAGAAAGCACUCCGUCCUGCAAGAUUAGCUCCCUCUCCUGCUCCCGGUACAUCCAGGAAAUCUCCAUUAAGCAUCAAGACUUUUUGUUUCCACAGUGUUUUCUGGGCAGUGUUAACAUCAGCCAUACUCACAGCCUUCAUUGUGGUUGCGUCUUUGCUGUUUGCAUACUAUGGUGACUUGAAUACCUUAACUACAAUGAGUAUUAAACUCAAGGAAGAACUUGAUUUUCCUCCUGUUACAUUUUGUCCCUUAUCUAAAUAUAACUUCUCAAAAAUUCAAAACAAUACAUCAUUUCUUAGGUACUUGUCAUUUGUGAGCAAAACUAGUUCCCUUUCUGCUGGAAUCGAACUUAAUUUCAGUGACCCGGAAAACACCUUUUUACACGAGGAUGGAAUAGACAAUUGGUUGAACUAUGUCGGAUUUGAAGUGAACGAGACAUUUCUGUCCUGUAGUUACAGAGAAAAAAUGAUGAAGUGCUUCGAUCUGAUGAUACCAAAACUGACUGACAUGGGGCCUUGUUUUAUGUUAGACGACAGUGUUCUGUCUCCGACUUCUAAUCCUGGGAAAUCCCAUGGCUUAUCUCUCUUGCUGCAUAUUGACCAGGAUAAUUUCGUGCACACAGAAAGCAUGGCUGUUGGAAUGAGUGUAGCUAUCCAUCCUAAAGAUGAAGAACCCAACAUGAACCUUGACAGUUUCCUCAUUGGCCCCGAAACAGUAACAGAAGUAGCCCUCGAAUAUAAACAAGACGUUUAUUUACCUGCUCCCUAUUUGGCCUUUACUGACGGUCAUUGUGUGGACGUCACCAGUCCUAACUUAAACUCCCCUUUACAGCACCAUCAGAUCUACAGCCAUCGCGCCUGUGUCCGAGAGUGCAAUCUUGGUGGCUACAUGGGUAUAUUCCUUGGAGCUAGUAUUCUAAGUUUAGUCGAGUUAUCUCAGGUCAUCCUACAGGCAGUUAAGCACACAAUCACAGUGAUAAUAAAGAGAAAAAAGAAAGCGGAUAACCCAAAAGAUGACAUAUAUGUUGUCAUGGAAUAA